AUGUCUAAUCCUUCCAGCGAAGAGCCCAAGCCAGAGCUGGAUAGCUCUCCCAACGGGUCAAUCAUGGGCCAUGACCCAGCCCCGGCAGAGGAGAUGCAGUAUCCGUCCGGCUUUGCCCUCACCGUCAUCAUGGCCGGCCUGGUGGCCGCCAUCUUCCUCAUCUCGCUCGACACCACCAUUGUCUCGACCGCGAUUCCCAGAAUCACCGACGAGUUCCACACGGUGGCGGAUAUCGGGUGGUAUGGAUCCGCCUUCUUUCUGACGCUCGCCUCCUUCCAAGGCACCUGGGGCAAGAUCUACCGCUAUUUCCCCCUGAAGCUGAGCUUUGUGGCGGCCGUCCUGCUCUUCGAGGUCGGAUCGUUGAUUUGCGCCGUCGCCCAGAACUCCGUCACCCUGAUCGUCGGCCGAGCCAUUGCAGGCAUCGGGGCCGCGGGCAUCUCCUCGGGCUCCUAUACCAUCCUCGCCUUUUCCGUCCACCCGAAGCGCCGCGCGGCCAUGACGGGCGCCAUCGGGGCCAGCUUUGCCGUUGCUGCAGUCGCCGGGCCCCUCAUCGGCGGCGCCUUUACGGAAAACACCACCUGGCGAUGGUGUUUCUGGAUCAAUCUGCCCAUUGGCGGCGUCGCUGCCGGCCUGAUCGUGCUCUUCUUCAAGGCGCCGCCGCAGGCCCGCGCGCAAAACGUCCCGCUCAAGGAGAUCCUGCUGCAGAUGGACGGGUCUGGGAUUGUCCUGCUGCUCGGCGCCAUCCUCUGCUUCUUGCUGGCCCUGCAGUGGGGAGGAUCGGCCAAAGCCUGGAAAAGCGCCGACGUCGUGGGCACUCUGGUCGGGUUUGGCCUGCUGCUCAUCGCCUUCACCGCGAACGAACUCUGGCUACAGGAGAAGGCCAUGAUCCCGCCGCGCUUGCUCAAGGGCCAGACCAUUCUCUUUUCCUGUCUCUACACCUUUUUCUUCUCGGGUUCGUUCUACUUGUUGUUGUACUACCUGCCAACGUACUUCCAGUCCGUCAAGCAUGCGUCCGCCUCGGAUUCGGGCGUGCGCACCCUGCCGCUGGUCCUGGGCGAUGGUCUCUUCGCCACUCUCUCCGGCGCCGCGCUCGGCAUCAUCGGCUAUUACAUGCCACUGUUGACUCUCGGCGGCGUCCUCACCACCGUCGCCAGCGGCUUGCUCUACACCCUCGAUCUCAACUCCGGCCCCGGCGCGUGGAUCGGAUACCAGGCCAUGGCCGGCAUCGGGGUUGGCUGCGCCAUCCAAGUGCCCAUGAUGGCCAGUCAGGCCGUCGUCGCCGUCGAGGAUAUCUCCACCAUCUCGGCCAUCAUCCUCUUCUUCCAGUGCAUGGGCGGUGCCAUCUUCGUGCAGGCCGGUCAGGCCGCCUUCACCAACAAGCUGGUCCAGGAGGUGCAGCACCACCUGCCCAACGUCAGUGCCGCCCUCAUCACGUCGACGGGUGCAACCGAGCUGCAAACCACGUUUAGCGGCCACGAGCUACAGGUCAUUCUCGAAGCGUAUGUGGCCGGUCUGCAGGACUGUUUUAUUGUGUCGAUUGUCUUGGCCGGCAUUGCCACUCUGCUGUCUUUCGGUUCGGGUUGGAAGAGCGUGAAAAGCAAGGAGAAGUCGGCCACUGCCGAGCCUUGA